AUGGCUGCCGAUCCCCCACCACCUCAGCAAACGAGGGCCCGCCUGUCUUUCGAUCAAUUCCAAUUCCUCUGUCAAUCCUACUUGGACCGUCGAGAUAGCCUUCGCUCUACACCCUCAGCAUCCGAAGCGCGGACACUCUCCUGGCUGACCUACGCACAAGAUUGGACCUACCUUGCACCUAUCCACGCGAAUUCACCAGCCUUCUAUUCUACUGCAUGUCUCCAUCGCUCCUUUCCCCUUCUUACCUUUCCUACUGCCGCUCGUGACCAGGAGGAAGUUCUCGAAGAACCUACACUCGACCCUUCAGAAGCAAAUCCAGAUAUAAGAGAACUAGUAACCAUCACUCAGUCCAUUACCUGGUCUUCCGUCUGGCAGCUACCCAUUUUGUAUUUCUACGCAAGCGAUUCCUCAGGUCAGCCAUUGGGUCUGCAGCAGAUUAAGGAGGUAAAUAUAAUCUAUACCAGGGGAACCUUGCCAAGCCAGGGAGGGGAGGUGGUGGGUGGAGGUGUGAGUGUUGCAGAUCAUCCCAGGAAUGGCUUGCCUGUGUUCUACUUGCAUCCUUGUGAGACCGAAGGUGCGCUGUCCAUCCUUCUGAUACAGGAGCAAGGUGAGGGGGGAAUGCAGCAACGGCAGGAAGGAUGGAGAUACAUGGCAGCAUUUAUAAGUCUGUGCGCUUCUGCUGUUGAGAUGCGUGCUUCCUGA